CAUGGUCGUGUGAAAGUUCGUUCAACAGCUGAACAAGAAGCUCGAAAAAGAAAAGAAAGGCAAAUCAAAAUUAUACAAUAUAGGAAGACAUUAAAUUCAAUUUUUGAAAAGAGAGAUAAUAAUGUUUUCAACGAUGAAUUGAUAAUGUUGACUGAGCGCAUAUUACUGGAAAUUCCGGAUUUAAAUACCGUAUGGAAUAUUCGCCGAGAAGCAUUUAAGAAGAGAGAAAGUUGUCAAGAGGAAUUUACUGAACUAUUAAAGAAGGAAUUGACUCUCACUGAGAAUUGUCUACAGAAAAAUCCAAAGUCAUAUAGCCUGUGGCAUCAAAGAUAUUGGAUCAUUCAGCAUUUACCGACACCAGACUGGAAAUCAGAACUAGAACUAUGUGAAAAAUGUCUCAAUUUCGAUGAUAGAAAUUUUCAUUGUUGGGAUUACAGACAGCAGUUGGUUAAAAAAGCGGGAGUAUCAAAUCAAAAAGAAUUUGAUUUUUCUGAGAUAAAAAUUAUGAACAAUCUCUCAAACUAUUCUUCUUGGCAUUAUAGAAGUAAAAUUCUACCUGCUCUGUUUCCUGAUCAAACAGGAAAAAUACAAGUCAAUUCAAGACCUAUACUCUGCGCAGUAAACUAUAAUAUAUGCGCUGUCACUGCCAUCGACGUUUCAACACUAACAGUCAGUUUAUUUGAUUUAUGCACUGAAUUAGAUCUUGUUAUAAAUGCCGUAUUUACGGAUCCUAAUGAUUCAAGUGCAUGGCUUUAUCAGCGUUGGCUUCUGGAUUAUAACGCUUUUGAGCCAAAUACCUUAUGGCAAAUAGUAGUCAUAGAUAAUCAUGCAGCAAUAGUAUGUCAUGGUGAUACUCAAAUUAAACCUGACGAAUUGAUAUUAACUCGUCGAUAUGUUCCAUUAGAUAACGAUAUGAAAGAUUUUACUCAUCAAAUAUCUGUUUGGCAUUCAUACGACAGUAAAAUAUUCUCGAAACGAUGGCAUGCGAUUUUGCCAGAUAUUUCUUCUGAAAUAGAUAAGAAAUUCUGUUCGAUAUCUAUUGAGUAUAAAAAUAAAUCUUAUGAUCUUCAUAGAUCUGAAGAUUGUAAUGUUUGGUUUUAUAAAUCACCCAUCGAAUGCGUCAACAAACAUGAUACUCAACUAACUGAACAAAUGAUAAAUAUUCAAAAAUUACUCGAAAUGGAGCCAAACAAUAAGUGGGCAUUAUUGACUCUUAUAUUUCUUAUGAAAAAUCUGGAUUUGAACAAAUAUUAUGAUGACAUCUUAAAAAAUUUAAGCAUUCUGUCCAAAAUUGAUAAAAUUCAUGAAAUGUACUAUACUGAUAUCCGAAGCAAGUACAUUCUAGAUUAUAAACUUCAUUCAUAUUUAACAAAAGAAAAUUACAAACGAUUCUCGAUGAUAGAUUUGUCCAACAUUCAACUGACAGUUUUGUACAAUGAACAUUAUUUGAGUUUUUUCGACCAGGUAAAUCUCUCUGGAAAUCAACUGAAUUUUUCAUUACACCGAUUAGCUGCUUUACAAAACUGUAAGAAGUUAUCCUUAUGUAAUAAUAAUCUAAAAAAUCUAAAGAACUUUCCAUAUUUGCCUAACCUCGAAUGCCUUUCACUACGAAAAAAUGAACUGACAGAUAUUGAAGAAAUUUUGAAUUUACUAAAACUGCACAAGCUCAUUAAACUAGAUAUUCGUAGUAAUCCUAUCUGGACUAACAAAAGUAAAACCAUUUCAAAAAUUUUCAAUGUAACUCCAAAUUUAAUAUUAGAAUCUGAUAAAUAA